ACCUCCAUUAUAACUCAAACCAUUUGCAGAGACCCCCCAAAUUCUCUCUCUCUCUCGCCGAGAAAAGCCUUCAAAUCUUUCACAGAUCGGACCGAAAAUUGUUUGCUCCCGGAGGUUUCUUAUUUAACCAAGAAAUUCGUCUGUUUGGAAAGGUGCUGACCAAAUUCUACUUGGGCUGGAAGUGAGAACUUGAGAUAUCAUCUUGUAAUAUGGAGACAUUUCUAUGUUAUUUGAGCAGAAGUGUUAUGGGGAUGGAAGUUACUGAUAUUUGCAUGGACGUGGAGUCUGCUAGUGUCGCAAAGUAUCCCAAACAUGUUUCUCAGGAUUCAGAUCCUGAAUCAAUUCCCAACCAUAAUGUUACUUUAGAGUCACAUGUGCAUGUCAAUGGCGAUCAUGAGCUCAAGGAUUUGGAAGACAGUACUGAGGUAAAGGAAUAUGAGGUGAAGGAGUGCACUAACGAGAACCAUUCUAAACCGUGUCACGGUGAAAAAUCAAAUGAGGAACCGAAUGUAGUGAGCUCUGAUUUAGGAGAUGGCCACCCUGCUGAUAAAGUCCAUCUAGACUGUGAGAAAACAAAAGAUCAAAAUAAGGCAACAUUAUCUCAUGUAUCAAAACAUGGUGCUGGCAAUGUUAGAAUAAAGCCCACUGUUCCACAGCCAUUUGCGCUGGCAACUGAAAAACGCGCUUCAUCAGGACCUCGUCCUGGUGGUGCUGUAUGCGCUGGUAAUGGUGCUAAGAAAUCUUUAAACACAAGUAAUCUACAAAAUCUUAAUACUGGAAAGAAGAAUCAGCCAACAUCACCUUCAGUACCAAGAAAGCCACUGCAACCUGAUAACAAGAAGCAUCCUGAUGAGGAAGAUUCUUGUUCUGUUGUUUCCUCAGCAACAGUCUCUACACGGAAGUCCAGGACGACUGUUGCAUCAGCUCCAUUAUUUAAAAGUACUGAACGAGCAGAGAAAAGAAAGGAGUUUUAUUCUAAAUUGGAGGAGAAACACCAAGCACUAGAGGCUGAGAAAACUCAAAGUGAAGCAAGGACCAAGGAAGAAAGUUAGGCAGCUAUAAAACAGUUGAGGAAGAGCUUAAUGUUCAAGGCAAACCCAAUGCCUAGCUUCUACCAUGAGGGUCCUCCACCAAAGAUUGAACUUAAAAAGCUUCCCCCAACCCGUGCAAAAUCGCCAAAGCUUGGGCGAAGGAAGAGCUGCAGUGAUACAGUGGACAAAGUGAAAGGAAAAUCUGAGCGGGGUAAUCGUCAUAGUACGGGUAGUUACAACGAAGAAGCUACUAAUUCCGGUCCCAUCAACACAAAGGAUAAGACCAACCUCCAUAGUGGUGAUGGAAAUGUGUGCAAUUCCAAUGACAAGGCUGACACAAACAAUGGCAUUCCAGCCAACAUAAACGGACAGGGGAAUGUGGAUAUCACUGUCCAUUCUUAAGUUUCCUGGUGAGUUUUCUUAAUUUAUAAGAGGAGAAAAGUCUUCAUUUCUCUCAUAGACUUGUCACCGUCUUUUAAAGUUAUGCACUUCGUCCUUGUAGCUGCUACUACUGGUUGCAGUGUUGUGUGUAAUUUAUGAGUGUAAAUUUCCUGUUAUUUAUAUGUUCUGUGUAUACAAAAAGUUACUUUUUCUUUAUUUGCCUAGUUGUCAAAGAAGCUUAUUUGUACCAAUUUCUUUUCUGAAUUUUUGAACUAAUGUUGGGACCAAUAUGU